UAUCACAGAGGUUGAGAUUGAUAUUUUGGACUUAACAGGUAGGGCUAGGCUAGAAGGAGGAUCGCUAAAGAUUCUAGACUGCUCGUACAAGUUUUACGCGUCAUUGGUCCGAUCAAUAAGUCACUGCGUUCUAAUUGGCGGUAUCAUUACUUAUACAUUAAAAGGGCACUCAGGUCAUAAAUUAUAACAAUUUCAUUGGACAUUUAUGAACUCAUUACUGAUGUUUGCAAAUGUACAUAAUAGAUACUAAUAAAAGGUAGUGAAAAGCGAUGUUACUGUUGUUUGUUCAGAUGUUUUGACUAAUUGAAUCAACAUGCAUCUAUAUGACAUUUUUUAACUAAGUUAUAUCAAUUGAUACCUAUUCCAAGAAUUUUUAAAAAUUUUCUCCAUCUUUUUACAGUACACUAUUUGAAUUCAAUUAAAUGUCAACAUCUUCUGGGAGUGGAAGUAGACGUAAUCGGUUAAAUCUUACAUUACCGAGUUCUGCUAUCCAAUCAUCAGAUAAUUGUUCUACAACAGAUAAAAAAUCUGAAGAACCUGUCACAAAUGCCGAGUUGAAUAAAUCUUCAGAUAGUUUACAAGAAUCAUUACAAAGAAAUGGAACUUCAAAAGCUACAUCAUUAUUAGAUAAAUUAGAUGAUAAUAAUAAUAUAACGAAUUCAUCUCAGCCUGUGAAAACAUCUCAACAAACUAGUAUCUAUCGACCAAGUGCUCAUCAUUCACAUCCACAUUCUGUGCAUCGUAGAAUCCCACCACCACUCACAGAUCUUCGUUUGUCUCCAAAGAAAACUCAUACGCCGUCAAACGACAAUCUAUUUGGCUCGAGAGGCGAUCGAAACAAUGAACAUCGUUAUUCAAAUAGGAUCAGCACAGGACCUGUUGAUGUUGCUGAAGUUUUAAAACAAUUAGCAAUCCAAGAUUUAGAUGAUAAUCAACGACGUCGUUUAAGUGCAUUUGUAGCAGAUAAACAAAAAAUUGGUGAAUUACAUCCAGAAGAUUUUGAAAAAUUAAAUGAAUUAGGUAAAGGUAAUGGUGGUGUUGUUAGUCGUGUACGUCAUACAACAACUGGUUUAAUUAUGGCUAAAAAAAAUAUUCAUUUAGAAAUUAAACCAAUUGUUAAAACACAAAUUAUACGUGAAUUACAAGUAUUACAUGAUUGUAAUUCACCUUAUAUUGUUGGUUAUUAUGGUGCAUUUUUUGCUGAUGGUGAUAUUAGUUUAUGUAUGGAAUACAUGGAUGGUGGAAGUUUAGAUAUUGUCCUAUUACAUGCUGGUCGUUUACCUGAACCAAUUGUUGCUAAAAUAUUAUAUUCUGUAAUACGUGGUCUAGUUUAUUUACGUGAAGUAUUACAUAUUAUACACAGAGACGUCAAACCAUCCAACAUCCUUGUAAAUCGUACAGGUGAUGUGAAAUUAUGCGAUUUCGGUGUAAGUGGUCAACUGAUUGAUUCUUUGGCUAAUUCAUUUGUUGGUACAAGAAGUUAUAUGGCACCGGAACGUUUAACAGGUGAACAAUACAAUACAUUAAGUGAUGUAUGGAGUUUGGGUUUAUCGUUAGUUGAACUGGCAACUGGUCGAUACCCGAUUCCGGCGAUUGAAGAUGAAAAAGUUUAUUUAAGUGCUUUCAGUUCACAUCGAGAUGUAAACUUGGAACAACAUUUAGAAGCAGCUAAAGAAGGGAAGCCACUUCCUGCUGUCAAUAGUCCAAGUUCUGGUCCAAUGGCAAUAUUUGAACUUUUAUCUUAUAUUGUAGAUCAACCACCACCUCGUUUACCAAAAUUUUGUUUCUCUGAUGAUUUUAUUGAUUUAGUUGAUUCAUGUCUUAGACGUCCAGCUAGCGAUAGACCAUCAUUAGAAAAUCUUUUAAAGCAUAGAUUUGUUGUAACAGCAGCUGGUGCAUGUCCAUCAGGGAAUGUUCAACGUCAAAGUACAGUAAUAGAUAUUCGACAAACAGGUGGAAUUAUUGAUUCAAAUCAAUGUGAUGAUCCAAUUAAUAUUGGACAUUAUCUUUCUUCUGUAUUACCAUUAAUGUCAAAUGAUGAUGGAAUGAAUCAAAGUUCUUUUUAAUUUCUAUCAUAAUUAAUCAUGAUAGAUAUUUAUCUAUAUUCAUAAGGAAACCAUAAAGAAUAAUAAAUAAUCCCUGAUAAAAUAGUCAUCAAUACCCACAUGUGUGUGUAUAUGUGUGUGUGUGUCUCUCUCUCUCUCUGUGCGUGUGCGUGCGUUACUUAUUUCAAAACCAAUUAUGAGCAUCCAGAUCAAUCAUUUGUAUUGCAUGUACCCUUAUCCUUGGUUUUUACUUUUUUAUUAUCUUUUUAAAUUUUUUUCCUCCUUUUUUUUUCAAACAAAAAACCAGUUUCUUUGGUAAAUUUUUGUAAAUAAUUUUGUUUGUUUGUUUUCCUUUUUUUCGGAAAAGAAAAAAUUUUUUUAAAUUUUUAUUUAUUUCUUCAUAUUAUGAUGCAUAAUUGUGGAUUGAUAAUGUGACAGUAAUAAAAAAAAAGAAAGAAAAACCCAAUUUGAUCAAGUUUUUUCUUGUGUGUUUGUUUUCCUAUUUCUUCUCUUUUUUCUUGUUGUUGUUGUUGUUGAAAUGGAUUGUUUUCAAUCAGGGAGAAAAAAGUAGAAAAACAAGCAAACAUCCUAUUGAUUAAAGGUCUGUUUUUUUUUUAUUAAUUUCUAUCAUUUAAAAUGAUCACAUACUGUACUAUUUAGAGUGGUAACUAUUUACUUACUUACUUACGUCUGUUACCCUUCAUGGAUGAGUAUAAACCUGCUAUAUCAGCAUUCUUUAUAGAACUCUAUCCUAGAUAUUAAUCUUUUCCAAUUUCAUAUUUAAAAGUAACAAGCUCAUUUCUAAAUGUUUCAUUUACCUGGAGCUUAUUUAAUUUAUAUUUACUAUUUCAUAUUGUCAUGUAUAGUUUAAUCAUCAUUCAUUCAUUCAUCGUUAAUCAAUUAUCUUUGUAGCCAUGGUAAUUGUUGGUUUCUAUCAUUUAUAUGUAGCAAAGAAAAAAGAAAAGUAAAGAUAAAAAAAGGUGUGAAGAGUUGAUUAUUGAACAAAUCGAUCAAUCUGUCUAAUCUUUUCUCCUCUUUCUUUUUUUUUUCUUUUAAAAUCUACACUUCAAAACCAAUAUUUUACGUGAUAUAAUUUUGGUUAGUAUGAUGAUUAUUCUAUCCCUCGUUUCGUGUAUAUUUAUGCAGCAUACAUACUGUGAUGCAAUAAAUACCUAUUUAUUUAUCAAAUAUAUUCGCCUUGUUUUUCUCUAAUCAUUGAUGUAAUCAAUUUUAACUAAAAAGUAUAGAUAAGUGAUGUUGUGUAGAAAUAAAUCUGAAAACACUUUGUCUCAUUCAAUUCUCCUUUGCAUCUUCAUAUAAAAGUAAAUCUAAGACGAUCAAAUGUGAGAUAAUUUCAAUAGUUGAGAUCAUGAAUCAAUUGAAG